GAAGUCUGCAGUCUGGAGCCCAGCUCCCCCGACUGCCCGGACGACUUGGCCCUUAACGACACCAUGAAAGUCUGGUACUAUGACACACCCUACGCUGUCUGCCAGCCAUUUAACUACAGUGGCUGUGCAGGAAACGAAAAUAGGUUUAUGUCACUGGAGGAGUGUAACCGAACCUGUAACCCCAACCGAAUAUGCCAACUGAAGCAAGAUUCAGGGACAUGUUAUGCCUACAGCAAGCAGUGGUUCUUUAAUAUGGGAUCGAAACAAUGUGAAGAAUUCGCCUAUGGUGGAUGUGGAGGCAACGCCAACCGAUUUGCUACUUUGGAAACCUGCCAGAAGGCAUGCCAACCAUUCCUUGCUAAACCCACGGUUCCGACCAAGAAAGAGAAGCCAACGGAUAUUUGCUCUUUACUUGAGAACCCAGUAAUAUGUGACGCCAUCGGCCCAUCAUGGUACUACAACAUGACAAGUGGUACUUGCCAAAAGGCACCACCAGGGUACUGCUUAAGUAAUCGCAACUCUUUCAAAACAAAAGACGCCUGCAAUUACCUCUGUGACCCCAAAAUUCUCUGCCAGAUGCCUGCUGAACCGGGCCUGUGCUACGCCUACAUGCCCCACUACUCUUACAAUAAAGACACCAAAAUGUGUGAGAGGUUUGUCUACGGAGGGUGUGGAGGAAAUGCCAACAGGUUCCCUUCCAUGGACACCUGUAUGGCCGUCUGCAAGCCAAGAGAGAAGAAAUUGCCUCUGACGCCAACAGAUAUCUGUUCUCUACCAAAAGAGACAGGAAUAUGUUAUGCCUACAGUGAUCAAUAUUACUUCAAUAUGGUUACAAGGAAGUGUGAAGAAUUUGUGUACGGAGGUUGUGGGGGAAAUCCCAACCGUUUUCCCUCCCUCCAAGACUGUCAGAAAUUCUGUUCCCUUUUUAUCGUAAAACCUUCUUCCACCACCACCAUUACCACCACCGUCCUAUCUUCCCCAGCGCCAGCAGAUAUCUGUUUUCAACCAAAAGAGGCAGGGAUAUGUCUUGCCCACUUGAAACAAUAUUACUUCAAUAUGGUUACGAGGCAGUGUGAAGAUUUUGUCUACGGUGGUUGUGGAGGAAAUACCAACCGUUUCCACAGUCUCCAAGAAUGCAAACAAUUUUGCUCUCCCUUUAUCAUAAAAGUGCCUCUCACCACUACUCCUUCUCCCUCGGUGCCACCGAUAGAUGUCUGCCUGUUGCCCAAGAAAAAGGGACACUGCUACGCCUACAUCGAGCAGUAUUUCCACAACACACUGAAGGGUAAAUGUGAGAUGUUCGUGUAUGGGGGAUGUGGUGGCAAUGCCAACCGUUUCGCGACCUUCGAAGAAUGUCGUCUCAGGUGUGGGUCAUCGAUCGAGUGGACCACCCCCUAUAUUCCAUUCACCACUCCAGCAACUACAAUGACAACAACGGAACUGCGUGUCGUUUCCACUCGUUAUUGCCACUUGAAAGAGGAGGUCGGGUCGUGCACAGACAUUAUGUAUAAAUGGUACUACAACAUGGGUGAAGGUCGCUGCAAGAAGUUCCUCUACUCUGGCUGUGGCGGCAACAAUAACCGUUACGAAUCUAAAGAGGAGUGUGAGAAGAUAUGUCAGCCGAAAGAUAUGUGUUCUCUACCGAAAGAAACAGGAAUAUGCUAUUCCUACAGUGAGCAAUAUUACUUCAAUAUGGUCACAAGGCAGUGUGAGCAGUUCGUCUACGGCGGCUGUGGUGGAAAUGCCAACCGCUUUGCCUCAAUCUACAAAUGUGAACAGCUGUGUUCUGCUUUCGUUGUGAAAUCCAUGACCACCACCCCUUACACUACCUGGACCCCUACGAUGCCGAAAAACGUCUGCCAGUUGCCAAAGGAGCCAGGAAACUGCUACAGCUACAGCGAACAGUACUUCUUCAACAAUAAGUUGGGCCGAUGUGAAAGAUUUGUGUAUGGCGGAUGUGGAGGCAAUGCGAACCGCUUCACCACUUUCUUGGAAUGUCGCAACAAGUGUGAGCCUAAAACGACACCCCCAAUCUUCACUUUCAUAACUUCAAGAACACCAAAACCAGUUCCCACAGUUAACCAGACAAAACCAACGCCAAAACCAGAGGUGUGCCACCUACAGAAAAUAGUGGGUCCAUGCUCCUCUCGUAUUACUGCAUGGUACCACGACAGUUUGCAAGGCGUAUGCAGUCAGUUCAAGUACAGUGGGUGUGGCGGUAACCAGAAUAACUUCAAGACCAGGGAAGAAUGUGAAAGGGCCUGCAAACCAAUGAAGGAUCUCUGUGACCUCCCCCGAAAUACUGGCAGGUGCCACAAUGUCACUCGUCGCUGGCAUUUCUCAAAGAAAGACAACAAAUGCAUAAGGUUCGCAUUCACAGGCUGUGGUGGCAAUGCCAACAACUUUGAAACAGAAGACGAAUGUCGUAAAGCCUGCAAGGCCCCAGGAGAAUCCGCUAAAGAUGUGUGCCAUUUCGCCAAGAAGAUUGGCUCCUGCAAGGGCGCAAUUCCGUCAUGGUAUUACGAUAUGUCGGUUGGUCAAUGCAUGAAAUUUCUCUACGGAGGCUGUGAAGGCAACAAGAACAGGUUCAGGAUGAAGCACGAGUGUGAAGCCACGUGCAACAAGAAGGAUAUCUGCCGCCUUCCGGAAGAUUCUGGAAUCUGCUAUGCAUACAGCACUGCCUAUUUCUACGACUCGAACAUGAAGAAAUGCCGGAAGUUUGUGUAUGGAGGGUGUGGUGGUAAUGCCAACCGUUUCCCUACCAUGGGAGCUUGUUAUAAUUUGUGUGGCCCAAAUGCUACAACUCCAAGAAACCAUACAGGUCCAGUAAUCCCAGGACCAAUCUCCGUCAAACAGCCAAUGAAAUGCAAGUUGCCGGCAACGACGGGCUCGUGUCAGGACAUCCGUCGAAUGUGGUACUAUGACCACGUCAAGGAACAGUGCGACCAGUUCUUCUACUCUGGCUGCGGCGGCAACGGCAACCGGUUCCACACUGAACUGGAAUGCUUGGCAUCCUGCCGAGUGAAAUCCGGGCCCGAGAUGCGGCCCCCGACUGUUUUCACUCUGCCCCCGUUCCUUACUGUGACCCCGACCAACAACAUCAUAAAGCUUGGAGUCGAUCUCAAGAAGAAGGUGGUCUUGCAGUGCGGAGAAGCCGUCGGAUAUUCUGUCACAUGGAGUCAUAAUGGCAAAGACAUCUUCCCAGACAACCGACAUGAUAUUCGAGGAUGGGAAUUGGUCAUCCACGAUGUGGACUACAAAGAUGUUGGUUUAUAUACCUGUCGACGGAACGAUGACAUCACAGACACACCUUUGGAAAGGUAUCAACUGAAUAUCAAAGUGCCGGUAACUAUCAAUGAGGACCAGAAAACCUACACGGUCGCUGCUAACCAAUCAGUGACAAUACCCUGUCAAGCCCACGGAAUCCCUAAGCCUAGGACCAUGUGGUUUAGGGAGGGCAAGAAGCUGCACAACAACGACAACUACCAGAUUUUCAAGAAUGGGACCCUGUUCAUCACGCAUCUUACACACCACAGGACUGGGAUGUACAGGUGUACUGCCUCGAACGGUUAUAAAGACAGUGCCAGCAGGAGCGUCAAAGUAGAACUACAGAGUAAGACACCACCACGAGGUUCUGUGUGGAAGGAUGUGGAAGCGUGCAUGAACGUGCGU